AUGGUACCCUUGGUGGUGUUCUGGGGACUUGCUGCCCUCAUUGGCACUUCCAGGGGCUCAUACCCGGUCGUCACUCACUCCAUGAACCCUCACCUGCAUCAUCGCCUGUACCAUGGCUGCUACGGAGACAUCAUGACCAUGGAGACGUUUGGGGCCCCCUGUGACAUAAACAACCUCAUCAACUGUGGGAUCCACGGUUCGGAAAUGUUUGCUGAGAUGGACCUGAAAGCCAUAAGAGUUUACCGGACCCUCAUCAAAGAAGUAGGACAGAGGCACUGCGUUGACCCAGCCAUCAUUGCAGCCAUCAUCUCCAGGGAAAGCCACGGUGGAGCUGGACUGCAAAACGGCUGGGACCAUACGGGACAGAGAUUUGGCUUGAUGCAGCUUGAUAAGAGAAUGUACCAUCCCAUCGGUUCCUGGGACAGCAAAGAACACCUUCUACAGUCUGCUGGGAUUCUAGCAGAAAGGAUUAAAGCAAUCCAGAGGAAAUUUCCCACCUGGAAUGCGGUUCAGCACCUCAAAGGUGGUCUGACUGCCUUCAGAUCGGGCAUGGAGACCAUGGUCACUCCUGCAGACAUAGAUGCUGACUUAGUCGAUGAUGUUAUUGCCCGAGCUAAAUUCUACAAAAGACACGGCUUCUAG